UUUUGUUCGUUCGUUGUCCGUCGCUUCGUUUAAGCUCGUAGUCGGCGAAAAAUAGUUUUCCUCCAUUUCGUGUUGCGUUUCAGUCAUUUAUUAGCUAUUUUUGGGAUAGAAACUGUGAUAUAAACCAACAUAGUGGCUAAAGUAACGCCGUAUCCGAGUAUGAGUUGUUCCGGAAGGAAUAAAUUCGAGAUCGCUCGGUUCUCGAGCGAAGAUGAAAACCACAUAAAUAAGAAGUUACCAAAGGAAUUGCUUCUAAGGAUCCUCUCCUAUCUCGACGUCGUGUCCCUAUGUCGGUGUGCGCAGGUUUCAAAACUAUGGAAUAUAUUAGCUCUGGAUGGAUCUAACUGGCAGAGGAUAGACCUUUUUGAUUUCCAGAGAGAUGUUGAGGGUCCAGUGAUAGAAAACAUAUCGCAGAGAUGUGGCGGGUUCCUGAGGCAGCUGUCCUUGCGGGGCUGCGAAAGUAUCGCCGAUGGUUCCAUGAAGACCCUGGCUCAGUCAUGCCCGAAUAUCGAAGACUUAAAUCUGAACAAAUGUAAGAAAUUGACGGACCAGACUUGUCAGGCUAUCGGCAGGAGGUGCAGCAAGCUGCAGAGGAUAAAUCUGGAUUCCUGUCCUAGUAUAACUGACAUAUCUUUAAAAGCAUUGUCCGAUGGAUGUCCGCUUCUAACGCACGUGAACGUAUCAUGGUGUCAAUCUAUCACUGAAAAUGGUGUUGAGGCGCUCGCCAGAGGAUGCCCUAAAUUGAGGAGUUUUAUAUGCAGAGGUUGCAAGAAUGUGAACGAUCGCGCCGUCUCGUGCUUGGCUACGCAUUGUCCAGAUUUGGAGGUUCUCAAUGUACAGGGAUGCGAAAGUUUGACGGACGAGUCGAUAUGCAUGCUUGGCGGCGGCAUGCGGCGGCUGUGCGUGUCUGGCUGCGCGCAGCUCACGGACGCGGCGCUGGCCGCGCUGGCGGCGCGCUGCCCCGACCUGGUGACGCUGGAGCUGGCGCAGUGCGGCCAGCUCACCGACAUCGGCUUCCAGGCGCUGGCGCGGAGCUGCAGGUUGUUGGAGCGGAUGGACUUAGAAGAAUGCGUUCUGAUCACUGAUGCUACAUUAGUACACCUCGCCAUGGGGUGCCCUCGACUUGAGAAACUGACCCUGUCACAUUGCGAGCUGAUCACAGACUACGGAAUCAAACAGCUAUCCAUGUCGCCUUGUGCCGCGGAGCAUCUCACAGUGCUCGGUCUGGACAACUGCCCUCUAGUCACCGACGGGGCGCUGGAACAUCUAAUAUCGUGUCACAACCUGCAGUUGAUCGAGCUGUACGACUGCCAGCUGGUCACCAGAAAUGCCAUUAGGAAACUUAGAAACCACCUGCCCAACAUAAAGGUGCACGCAUACUUCGCGCCGGUGACUCCUCCUGUGACGGGCGGGGGCGCGAGGCCGCGCUACUGCAGGUGCUGCAACAUUAUAUGAAACCAGAGUUAGUGGGGACAUACCUCACCGUACAUUUAUACAAUUAAGCAUGGAUUCCGUACGUUUGAAGUUCCCAACGACCGAUAGGGGGCCGCAGACAAAGUGAAAACCGCAAAAUUGUAAGUCGAUAUCAUAAAAAAAAAUUCAAGUGACUACGUCUAAGUUAAUUUUUUUUUAAUAAAAUUAUUUUUUAUAGAUUGUUUUAAGUUUACGCGGUUAUUAUCAUAAUUAAAGCACAUAAUAACGGGUUCUUACCGCGUUAUCGGGAGUCUCAUAUCCCUACUUUAAACGCGGUAAGAACCCGUUAUUAUGUGUUUUAAUUAAAAUUAUUUUUUGUUACAAUUUGUAAGUAAUACCGUAUUUACAAAUUGUAUGCAAAAAUAAUUUUAAUUAAAAAGAAUACCGAAAUUUUAAGAAUAAUUCUGUUAGUUGUUAUAUUGAAGAUCAUAAAAAUCUGUCUGUUCAUGAGUUCCAUACCAGUGAAGUUGAAAAAGUUGUUGUAUUUACUAAUCGAUGAUGAUCAAGCGAUGUAGUAACAACAUAACAUAACAUCACGCCUGUAAACCUGGCGGGGUAGGCAGAGGUGUAGGUGUAUAGUAUACAGGGUGUUAGUGACAUCGUAACGAAUACUGAGAGGGUUGAUUCAGCGCUAUUCUGAGUUAAUAUAAAGUGGAAUUUUCCGUCGCAAAAGUAUACAACGGAAAAUUAUUUAAAAAAUACAAAAAUUUUCUCGACGUUUCCGACAGGGAAUUCCACUUGAUAUUGACUCAGAAUCAUGGUCUGAAUCAUCCCUCUCAGUAUUCGUUACGGUGUCACUAACAGCCUGUAUACACCCACUCAUCGCCAGCUAUGUGUGUUGUUGUACUAAAAUACCAAUGAGUUAUUAAUAUAAUCUUAAGCGCAGUUUUCACUAACACAGCUCGACCAUUAUAGACGAAGAUACGGCUCACCACCUAUCACGUUAGAACAGAAAGCUCGGUGAGGUGUGGGUACUUAGUUCAUCUUGCGAUGAAUGUACCUCUGACUACCCCAAUUGGGUUAUAGUCGUGAGCUUACGUUACGUAUUUCAACGUCUAUUUAAACGUAGAUACGUUACGGUGACGUAAUUAUUAUUAAUUGGGAAAAAAGUUUCUGUUUAUUUUCCCAUUAAGUAAAUCACGAAUUUGACUUUGAAUUUUUAAUGCUAUGUAUUAAAUAAAGUAGAAUAAAAAAUGUGAUAUUCCAAAAAUAAACGUUUUUUUUUCUUUGGAUACAGAUUGUAAAAUUUGUACUGUGUUGAUUAAAAGCGUGUUUUAAUUUAAGAGCAUAAUCACGUUUUGACACAUCACAUCGUGUGAUUAAACUGAUGUUGUGAUGUCACGUGUCAUCAUUUUAUGCUCUUUGUGCAAACUUUGACACAGAACGUAUAAAGAGUUCGUUUUUGAUUUUCCCCUUGGGAAAACGCAAAGUAACACACAAACUAACAAACUCUUAAACUAAUGCUGUCCUUCACUUACAAUAAGUACAAGAAAGAGAUGGAGCUAUUUCUCGUCCUGUCAAAUUAAAAACUUAAGUUGGUGGUUGCCCAAAUCGGCGCCAUUUUCCAUUUGAAAGAUUUUAACAUUACUGGGUAGUUUUUCGAACACUAAAAUAUCUUAUUACAUCUUACGUAAUUCGUUAUGUAAGGGAAAAAAAAGUUACGCUAAUUCUAAAACCAUUUCGAGAUUUCGUCUUAAUUAGCUCUCAAAUUAGCCGGAUGGUGUUAUGGUGUUAUUUUAGCAAUAAUCGUGUUUUUUUUUACCUUCAUGUGACCUCUUGAAUAUUCUUGUUUCAAAAAAAGUUUUUUUUUAAUGAGAAGUUGAUUUGGCUUGGCUAUUAUUCUUUUUAAACAUGUCCCUUUUGUGUUGAUAGCUUGGUGCGUAGGGCAGCUGUCGGAAUAGUGCAUUUUCCUGGUCUGUCUCUUUCACACUAGACUGUAUUUUUAUCUUUCUGUCCUGUUCUCAUACGCUAGAACGCAAGAACAAACGAACAAAUAAUAUAUCUUCUUGUGAAGCCGAUAAGGUUUAGAAUUAAGGCAUGUUAAAUCACCACGUACGAACACAUGGUCGUAAUAAAACAUUUCUAUUCUAUUCUAAAGGCAGGUAGUCUGUUUAACCAAAUUGUCUUUCCUAAAUGCCGUUUAUAAUAAAGAAAAUUUAAUAUAAACUGUGGUCAUCACUAGUCAUCACUAGGGUAAGGUGUCCUACGAAUGUACGGUUAACUAAACAAAAGCAAAGGUAUUAACGUUAAUCAGCCUACUUAAAAAGUACUAUUAUCUAUUAAAAAAUCCUACGUCACCACGUCGUAUGUGUUCAUAUACAUUUAAAGUUAACUAUGGCGGUGAUUCCAGUACCCACUAUCGAAGUUUAUUUAAGUAAUACCUGUCAUUUUCUUAUCCGCCGAAAAGGAAAGGGACGGAUGAUUGACAAUAGGGUCGUGUACUAGGUUCAAGAUAAAUUAUGAAAUUCUGAUUACUAAAUAAAGACACAUCUAAAACUAACGAAAAACAUUUUCUUUUUUCUAUUAAACUUAUUUAUGAAUUUUAAUCAAGAAAAACGUAAUAAUAAGUCCGACAUUUUGUCACGUUUUUCUAUGACGUCACAGAGUGCUUUUUCAUACAAAUUCCAUAGUAAUUUCGUGUUUUGACGUUUAGUAAAAAGUAACUGAUUUGACUAGUUGGAAACUAGCCUAUUGGCGACUAAAACAGGCAUCUCGUUGACAUGCAACCCUUUCGACGUGUGCUGUCAACUUAAUUUUGGUCGGGUUAUUGGCCAAUAUGCAAUUUUGGAAGGGUAUUAUAAAACCCACUUUUUUUUUGAAGAUUUUUUUUGUUGUUGUGUUUAAUAAUUUAUAUUUGAUUGAAAAAAAACCCUCCAAAAAUGUUAUAUUGGUAAAUAAUCCGACAGAAUUAAAUAAUCCGAAAGAAAAAACAAAAUGACUGGUGUAACUUAAAAUAAAGUUAGGAGGUGUUUGCAGGAAUCGGCGCCUAUAGCUAUAUUAACUAAUAAGUCGUGAUAAAAUUUUGUCCGUAGCGUCUUACGCAAAUGUAUGAAGUCGUUGAUAGUCAAUGAAUACACUAUACUAUUCAAAUAUAAAUGUCAUUAACACUAGUUUUAAAUAAUUGCAAUAUUGUAUAAACGGAUUCGUUAUAACGUAUUCAGCUUUAAGAUACUUUACUGAAAAUAAAAUAUUCUUGUAUUUUACAGUUUGUAAAUGACAUAACUGUGACCAGUAGAGGUAACAUGCGCGAUGUGAUAAAAUUUUGUCACGGUCAUUUUAUCGAUUCUGACGAUAUAAUUAUGUCGUUUUGUCGAUUGGUGCCAAUAUGUGAACCCAAAUAAUUCGUGUCGUUCUGACAAAAUACGAACAAAAUCACGUGCCACGCGUGUUAGGGAAAUAAAACUAACUUAGCGAUUUCGACAAAAUGUAUUUAAUCACACAUGUUAACCCUGCUAGGGGUUACAAAGGCCAUAUUGACGCAAUUCAUCUAAUAAAGCAACAUUGCUAUUUGAUAUUUUGUUGACUUUCCACACUUAUGUGACUGCCUGUCUGACCUUCCAACCCACGAUGGGAAAACCACCCCAAUACAGGUUAGGUUACCUCCGAAAAUGCAUUACUCGGGAAUGUGGGUUUCCACACGCUGUUUUCCUUUACCGCUGAGUACGUGAUAAUCAUUUGUUAUCCAAACAUGAAUUCGAAAACACACAAACAGAGCCCUAUCACGAUCUUCGAAGCUAAAUAAAACAAGUACUUUUAUAUGCUUCUUCUCCCUAGCGUUAUCCUGUUCUUCACCGGGUCCGCUUACUUAACCUGAAGAUUUGACAGGUCCGGUUUUUACAGAAGCCACUGCCUGUCUGACUUUCUAACCCGAAGGGAAAACCAGCCCAGUAAACGUUACCGAAACGCAUUUCUCGGGAAUGUGGGUUUUACAUACGCAAAUGUCAAAUAGCAAUAUUGCUUUUUUUAGAUGACGGUGAAUGUGGGGAAGACCAGCUUACAGUUCUAAAAUUUGAGUUCGACUGGAUUUAUUGAAAGCGAUUUCAUAUACAAGAUGUUAGUAACAUCGUAACGAAAAAUUUGAGGGAUGAUUCAGACCAUGAUUCUGAGUUGAUAUCAAGUGGAAUUUUCCGUAACUAAAAAUAAUUAAAAAAAAUUAAAAAUGUACAUGAAUUUUCCGACAGGAAAUUUCACUCAGAAACAUGGUCUGAACCAUACCUACUUGUAUGGUUACUUGUACCCUUGUACGGUCACGAGCAUUAAUAUGUAUACACUUUGGUACCAUGUCACAUUAACUUUUUUGUCAAAUUGAACUGUAAGUCUCACUAAAUUGAUUUAUUUAUUUAUUUAAUGUUCGGAGAAACAACAGCUAUAAUUAAUUUAGUAGCAACUUAUGGUAAACACAGAAAGCCAAUUAUAGUUCCUCGCAGAUAGGAAAUUGAAAAAAAAAACAAAAAGGUUUGCACUAAUGCACAUUACACUACGCAUAAUAACAAAAUCAGCAGUUAACCAUUACUGUCUCAAAAGCACAAAAUGUACAAAAAGGCUACACUCACAGUGCACAUGUCAAAUAUGUUAGUGCGACAGAGUCCUAAAGUGUGUACAUUAUUGCUCAUGACUGUACACAUUAACUCAGAAUCAUGGUCAGAAUCAUCCCACUGAGUAUUCGUUGCGAUGUCACUAACACCCUGUAGUAACGGUACGGUAACUCCCUGCCCCGCACCAGUUCUUAUUGGGCGCUGACCUCACCCCCUCUGGGUCUUACUUUAGUCUUAAAUGACCGUAAGAUGCUAAGGUGUAAGGAAUUGCAGUCUCGCUCACUUAGGCGAUUCUCACACUGCCCCGCAUGAUGCAGCGUAGCGCGUGGAUGCGUGUUCUUCCGUUUCUUGUAUCUCCAUUUGUAUAGAAAACACGCACGGUCUAACACACAGAAAAUGCAUCCACGCGCGUUCGUGUGGAUCACGCGCAUGAAAAAAUGAAAAUGAAAUGAAAAAUGCUUUAUUUACCAAAAUAAUUAACACAUAGCGGUUGAAGUCUCUUUUAAGUUAUUAGAAUACUUGUGAUAGAGACUUCGCCCCUCCACUGACAAUGUUACAUUGCUUUUGGUUAUAUAGCCAUAAAAAUUAGUAAGUUACAAAACUUGUUAUACUUACAGAGAAAAGUAAAAACGAAAAUUUAAAGUUUAAAGCAAGUACAUAAAUAAAGCAAGCGCAUACAAGCGGAAAAACAUGCACCCCGCGCGUUAGUGCGGGGCGAGACGCAAGGUACGGCACACCGAAUCCCGCAGUGCCGCGCGUGAUUUUGGAACGGCUUUGAAUGACAGCCUCCGUGGUCUAGUGGUUAGAGUGUUAGGCUCACGAUCUGGAGGUCCGGGUUCGAUUUCCGAUGGGGACAUUGUCAAAAUCACUUUGGAUUGUCCGAAAAACUAAGAUGAUUCCGUGCUUCGGAGGGCACGUUAAGCCGUUGGUCCCGGCUAUUAGCCGUAAAAACACCUCCACCAACCCGCAUUGGAGCAGCGUGGUAGAGUAUGCUCCAUACCCCCUCCGGUUGAUUGAGGGGAGGCCUGUGCCCAGCAGUGGGACGUAUAUAGACAGUUUAUGUUAUGUUUAUAUUUGAAUGAAAUGAGAGCCGCCGUGCGUUAAUCUACAUAACGCCUCUACGCGCGUGAGUGCGUAUAAAAACCGCACGUUGAUGUAGAUCUGCGCUCCCGCAAACACGUGCGUAGGUGCGUCGACACGCAACAUACAGCUUGAUGUAGGUUAGUGUGCGAAUCGCCUUACGCGGCACGUGGUUAAAAUGAGAUUUUUGUACGGAUUAUCCGGGUUGUGACACAGGCUUGAAUGGUUAACGAUAUAUGUUAUCAUUUAUCAGAAUUCGAUAACUUAAUUAAUUUAUUUACGUUGGUUUAUGGGAAAACGCUUUUAAUUGACAUGCGGAUGUGCAUUUAAUAGUUUUAAUAAAUUAUAAUGAACAAUUAAUUGGCCAACCAUCACAUUCUCUUUUUAAAUAAAUUUUAUAAUUAAAAAUUAAAAACAACUUCACUAAGUAGUGGGUUUUAUAUCAUACAGCGCGUUAUCAAGGGUAGGUAAAUGAAAUAUACAAGUAGUUCUAAGUACAUUGUAUUAACCAUUGUAUAAGAAGAGCAGGUAUGCUCAAAACUGACAGCUAGCAUUUCAAGGUUAGCCCAGCUGACGUCAUCCGACCCUGUGUUGCCAAUUCGUAAAAAAUAAAUUACCCAUGUUUUUUAUUUACUUUGCAAGGAAAUUUUGAACUUUUAGUAGUUUUUAGGUAUACGUACAAUUUUAAUGAUUUUUAUAUAUGUGACAAAGAAUAGUAAUUAAAUUCAUUAGUCCGUAAUUAAUUUUCAAUAAUAAAAUUUACGUCCUUGGAAUGUUGGAGAUACCAAUUGAAUGUCACUUACGUCAUCAAUGGGCUAGCAAUGGCGGCUUGUCAUAGGAUUGAGCAUACCUGGUCUUUUUAUACCAUGAUAUUGGUGCUAAUUCCUGCAGACGCCAUUCAAUUUUAUUUUAAGUUAUGCCUGUCAUUUUCUUAUCCGUUGAAAAAGAAAGGGACGGGUAAUCGACAGGCAAUUUUAAGCAGAAAAAUAAAACAACCGUCUAAAAAUUUUACAUCGGCUAAUAACCUGACAGAGUUAAGUAGACAGCACGUCAAGGGAGAUGCCUAUUUUAUUGGCCCGGGUUAUUCAUUCGUUUUAAAAUUAACUUGUAGACAAUCAUCCGUCCCUUUCCUUUUCGACGGAUAAGAAAAUGACGGGUAUAACUUAAAGUAAAAUUAGGCGGUGUCUGCAGGAAUCGGGGCCAUUAACUUCUUUUUUCAGUACAAAAUGUUCAUGUACACCAGUUUUUCUAUGAUGUUAAGUCGAACCUCUUGAGUCGGCCCUCAGCUGAGGCGAUCUUCAGGAACUCGGCUCGAAAUCGGUAUUCUGAGACGGCGCCUUAACCUUAUCUCGUUUUUACUCCAGUAAGGCAUGACGGCAUUACUUUACUGGCAGUAUGAUAUGCUCGCCUCCAGUGAGUAGUCCUCAAGUAGUCAAAAUAUUUUGUUAUAAAAUGGUAAAGAUUCGUAACAAGGUUUUUACGGAGGAAGCUUUAAAACAACAAACAUUUUAUAAGAAUACCAGAUUGUCCGAAAGUAAGAUGAUCCGUGUUUCGCAAGGCAAUUUAAGCAGUUGGUCCCGGUUGUUACUUACUGAUGUAAGUAAGUAGUCGUUACAUGAGCCGUGUCAGGGGCCUUUGGCGGCUCAAUAGUAACCUUGACACCAGGGUUGAUACUUUAAACGUAGAGGGGUGGAACUCCACCUCACAACCCACACGAUAGAAGAUAAUAAUACGCAUUGGAAAAAUAAUACGAUUAUCCGUUUCACAUGAAUUGGAAUGAGAUUUUCGGGAGUUAAAAAUUUGUAUCAAUUUGUGCCUGUGAGUAAGGUAAUGUUAGAAAGACUAGUAACUGUUAAAAAUGCGGGGUGUUUUAAAAUAAUUAAAACAUAAUAAUAAAUAAACAUAAAAUUCUGACUAGAGCACUCAAAAAGGUCGUCAUCAAUGAGGGAUUUUCCAAUUGACGUUCCCCAAACACACGAUAGAUGGCGUUGUUCACUUUUAACGUGAUAAUUACCUAUUUUCUCAUUGCUGAUGUACAUAAUUGUUCAAAAAUGUAAUUUAAUGUCAGAAGCACAUAUAAAACUAUUUACUGUAAUACAUUAUUAUAAUGAUCAAAAUAAAGACGAGCAAUAUAGGUAGCAACGUAAUUAUAUACAUAACGUGAUCCAAAUAUCAAGCAACAAUUAUUUUUAUAGGUACGGUCACGAGCAUUAAUAUGUAUACACUUUGGUACCAUGUCACAUUUACUUUAUUGACAAAUUGAACUGUAAGUCUCACUAAAUGUCAAAUAUGUUAGUGCGACAGAGUCCUAAAGUGGGUACAUUAUAUUGCUCAUGACUGUACCUAUCUAGCUUCUGCCAUUACAUUGUAUUUUGGUAAUUUGUAUCCGUUAUUUGUAAUGAGAAAAUCAUUAAUUAUCUCGUUAAAGCUGUACAACGCCAUCUAUACUGCUUCUAGUGAACGUAGCCUGGAAAAUACCUCCUUCCGACCUUAAUGUCGUACUACAAAAUUUUAUGUUUAUUUAUUAUGAACUGUUCUCAUCAAUGUAUUUAUCGUGAUAUUGGUGCUAAUUCCUGUAAACACCAUCUAAUUUUACUUUAAGUUAUAUCUGUCAUUUUCUUAUCCGCCGAAAAGGAAAGGGACGGGUAAUCGAUAAGCAUAAAAUUUAUGGAACACAAGUCAAUUUUAAGCACAAAUCUAAAAAUUUCACAUUGGCCAAUAACCCGACAGAAUUAUGUUGAUAGCACACGUCAAACGGUUUGCAUACCAGCGAGAUACCUUUUUGAUUCGCCCGGGUUAUUCAUUCAUUCACUCAUUCUUCCUAAAAUUGAGAGCUGUCAAUGAUCCGUCCCUUUCCUUUUCGGUGGAUAAGAAAAUGACGGGUAUAACUUAAAGUAAAAUUAGGUGUCUGCGGGAAUCGGGACCAUUAUAUAAGUGACUGUUUUAAUUUCAGUACUGCAUUCUUUUAGGUCGUUUUUCGGGAUGUUUCUUUUAAACACAUACAUUUGCUUCGUAUUGGAGUGAGCAGAGUUUGAAUCCACUUUUGAUAUGAAGUCUUAUGAGGAAUAUUGAAAAUGAAAAACAAGAUUCAUAAAAUAAUAACUGAAUAAUAUUUUCAAAUAUAAAACUGAAAGAAAUUGUCCCGAAAAGUAAUGUUUAGUUUAAGACAUUGAUAAAAUCAGAUGAUUCGCAACAUUACGCAACUUUAGUCAACGUUAACUUUGAUUGGCUAUCAAAAAUCAUGUAGCGUGCCAUGGCAGAUUUUCAACCAAUCACAGGGCGCGGAUAUCACGAUAUGGCAUUACGUCAGCGCUUCUGAUUGGUGCGAUUGGGUUGUUUUUCAUGAUGCAGUGGAAUGCAUCACGUUGCUCAAUGUUGCGCGUCAAAUGUUUAUAAAAGAUAUCCGAUAUUAGAAAUAAAAAAUGAGCAACUGUUUUUGCAAGUAAGCUUACUACUAAUUUUGUACAUAGACAUUUAAUAACAUUUAAAAUAAACAUAAAUGU